AUGCUAUCAAAUAGUUUUAAAUAUUACCUUUGCAUGUUUAAGAUUAUUAUUAUCUAUACUCUCCUUAGGGACAGAAUUAGCAAGUUUUAUUUUUCAUAGAAGGAUGCUCCAAAUUCGAUACUUAAAAAUACAUCAAUUGAUUUGGACAAGAUGUACAAGAAACUGAAUCAUUACAAGUUAGACAACUUGAACUACAAUCUAGAAAAUGUUGGAUUGAAAUAUUACCUUAACAAGUAUUUGAUUAUGGAUCCAAGAAUUGAUUCUAUUUACAGAUUAUUCCUUAAACUUGAUAAGAAAUACGAGAUAAUAAUAAGAUGUACUAUAUUCUUCAACGAGGAGCCUAACACUAUCCAUAAGAGCGAUUCUUCAUCAUCAACCUAUGAGCAUAUACCAGUCAGGCAAAGAUCCAACAAUACCGAUAUACAACUGGGAUUAAGAUAAGUUGGAGGAUGGCCCAUCAAUAUCUCCUUUGAAGUCAGUCAAUCUGUAAACCUUAAAAUCGCAGUGUAAAUACUUUGCCUUAAUGCAAUUUUAGAACCAAAGAUUUCUAUCAACGACAAGCCUUCUCUCAAGACUUCCUAAAUUAAUGUAGUUUCUCCAUUUUAACUUAAUGACCAUGCAAGUGAUCACGCUGGCUAUUCACCCUGGAUAAAGACUAACUAAGGAUCAUUUAAUAAGAUAGCAAAAUUUUCAGUCUCAAAAAGACGAUCCUAGGAGGAUCAACUUAGAUCCUCUGACUACAAAAUAUCUUCCCCUAACUUUAUUAGUCAAUCAGACAUUUAGCUUCAGAAGUCAAUCAACUUUAUGAUAAGAGACACUAUAACAAGAAGUGAAGGUUAAUCCUAUAACUGCAAAAAACAAGAAGCUAUUGAAAGAACUAUAAGACAAAACAAAGAGUCCAAGAAAUCUCAAAUAUGGAACAUUUUAUCAUCCGCCUGUUGUCAAUGUGCAAAUAGUUUCCAAAAGUUCUCUUAACCCGACAUCAGGGAAGCACUUUAAAUUGGAUCAUCAUUUCAUGAAUCAUUUAGAAGUUCAUUUGGAUAAACUCAGCAAGUAUUUUCUGCUCAGAAUAGCCCAAAGAGAGAUCCAAUGAGUCUCAAUGACUUAAGCUUCUUAAGUGGAGAGGGUUUGAGAGGAUAUCUUUAAUACUGGGAUAUCAACGAUUUAGAUAAUCAUAAAACCAAUAAAGAUAAAAACAUUAUCUCUCAUCAAUUCAAAUCUCAUGAAUUAUCAGAUAUUUCCAAAAAAGGUUUAAAAGGUAAAAUUAUGAGGCAUCUUGGAUUAAACUCCUCUAGUAACCAUAAUUUCUCUCAAUAAUUCGAAUUAGAGGGGAGGAAUAGUAGGUAUGGAUAAGAUAAAAGUUGUAGUAAUUUCAAAAGGAGCAGACUCUAAAUUGAAAUAUCCUAAGUCGAUAUAAAUGCAGAUAUUUGA